AGUCAGCAGUGGUAUUAUGGGUUACCAAGGACCAGGGCCAGGGAGAAGAUUGCUGCUACUGAUGCUCCUGCAAAUUUUGACAAAUGUUGAACCAAGCCAUGUCCCUAGAGUCUGUGGAAAGCAGGGAUUUCUGAGCCGGAUUGUAGGGGGUAAAGAUUCCCGGGAUGGAGAAUGGCCUUGGCAAGUGAGCAUCAAGUUGAAUGGGGAGCAUCAUUGUGGUGGUUCUCUGGUCACAGAUCGGUGGAUCAUCACAGCCUCACAUUGUUUUAAUCAGCUCAACAAUCCUUCUAAUUUUACUGUACUAGUUGGAGCACUGAAGCUUUCAGACCCAGGGCCUCAUUCCAUCAUAGCCUCUGUGGGGCGCAUUAUCCUCAAUCCCACCUAUGAAGGGGAUUUGAGGACUGGAGACAUUGCCCUCAUCCAGCUGGAGCAGCGACUGCCUCUCUCCCGCCAUAUCAACCCCAUCUGUGUCCCCAGUGCCAACAUCAACUUCCUCCCAGGACACACGUGUUGGGUCACUGGCUGGGGGAACAUUCAAUCCAAAGAAGGACGACAGAGCUCUGAUAUUCUACAAAAGCUAGAGGUUCCCAUAAUCAGCACGAACAAAUGCAACGCUCUCUACCACCAGGACUCUAAACAGCCCAGGGCCACACGAGAAAUUAAAGAAGAUAUGAUAUGUGCUGGCUUUGCAGCUGGACAACGGGAUGCCUGCCAGGGUGAUUCAGGUGGUCCAUUGGCCUGCUGGAUGGAAGGUUCCUGGUAUCUUGCAGGGGUAGUCAGCUGGGGAGAUGGAUGUGCCCAGAAGAAUCGUCCUGGAGUUUAUGCAAGAGUAACAUCCUACCAGCAAUGGAUCCACAGUCAAAUACCAGAGCUGGAGCUCAUAGGCACGAAUACUAAAAACCAUGGGUCAACAGUGAACAACAAAAAUAUCAGUAACAGUGCCUCUACUAGCAGUUUCAGCUUCAUCUCCUUCUUUAUUGCCACUAUUGUUUUGCUGCUAUUGUCUAAGCAGACUCUUUAA